UAUUAUGUAACAGAGUUGUUACUAUUGCACUUUGGCGGUAAUUUAACAAUGAAAAAUCUAUUUUGAUUUCCAUGUUAAAAGCUUUAUCAAAGUAUAUAAAGUUUCACCUGCCAUCUGAUACUCCUAUUCUAGCAAGUGUUCAUCUCAUUUUAAUUCCAAGGAUCAAAAUGUCAUCAGGGAAGCAGAAAAAAAUCACAGAAUCACUCCAGCCCGCUAAAAAGCAGAAGGUCGAUGCUGCAGGCAGUCAAAUUGGAAACGAGGACUUUGUGAAAGGCUUGAGUGAUGAGAGGGCUGCCUGUGCUACUUCCAUCAAAGAAUUCAAAUUCAAUAAGAAGCGGGUUCGAGUGUUGUCUAAAGCCAAAGAUAUUCCAGAUGAUGCAGAAGCUGUUGUAUACUGGAUGUCUAGAGAUCAGAGAGUUCAAGAUAAUUGGGCUUUCCUCUAUGCUCAACAUUUGGCAUUGAAACUGGAUCUCCCCCUGUGUGUCUGCUUCUGUCUUGUUCCGAAGUUUCUGGAUGCCACCAUUCGACACUACCGAUUUAUGUUGAAAGGACUGCAGGAAGUUGCAGAGGAAUGUGAAUCUUUGAACAUUCAGUUUCACUUGCUGUUAGGUGAAGCCAAGAAUGUUUUACCAGACUUUGUGAAGAGUAAUAACAUUGGCGGUGUGGUGACUGAUUUCUGUCCCCUGAGAGUUCCAAGAAAAUGGCUUUCGGAUGUUCUCACUAAGCUACCUUCAAAUGUACCCCUAUGCCAGGUCGAUGCACAUAACAUUGUGCCCUGUUGGGUGGCAUCAGACAAGCAAGAGUAUGGAGCCAGAACCAUAAGGAGGAAAAUCCAUGAUAAACUAGGGGAAUUUCUGACUGGAUUUCCUCCUGUAGUAAAGCAUAAAGUUGCUGUUAAAUUCCCAGCAGAUCCUAUUAAUUGGGACAAAAUUGAGCAAACGCUGGAGGUCAAUCGAGACAUUGGUGAUGUUGCUUGGGCCACCCCUGGUACUACUGCAGGCUUGAUGAAGAUAUCAGAGUUUUGCAACAAAAGAUUGAAGGGUUUCGGUGAUUCUCGCAAUGACCCUACUAAAGACUACUUGAGCAAUUUGUCCCCAUGGUUUCAUUUUGGACAAAUUUCCAUCCAAAGAACUAUUUUAAUAGUUCGGAAGUUUAGAAGCAAGUAUGCAGUGUCUGUGGAUGCUUUUAUUGAGGAAGCUGUUGUAAGAAGAGAAUUGGCAGAUAAUUUUUGCUAUUACAAUCCAAAAUAUGAUCAAGUUGAUGGUGCUUAUGACUGGGCAAAAAAGACAUUGAAAGAUCAUGCCAAAGAUAAAAGAGAAUAUUUAUAUACAAAAGAACAAUUAGAAGCUGCAAAAACUCAUGAUCUACUUUGGAAUGCUGCUCAGGUUCAGAUGAUGAAAGAGGGGAAAAUGCAUGGUUUCCUGCGUAUGUACUGGGCCAAGAAAAUCUUAGAAUGGACUAAGAGUCCUGAAGAGGCUUUGGAGAUUGCUAUUUAUCUCAAUGAUAAGUAUGAAUUGGAUGGUCGGGAUCCAAAUGGUUAUGUUGGUUGCAUGUGGUCCAUUUGUGGCAUACAUGAUCAAGGAUGGGCCGAGAGAGCAGUCUUUGGGAAAAUUAGAUUCAUGAAUUUCAAAGGUUGCCAAAGAAAGUUUGAUGUCAACGAGUUCAUCAGAAAGUAUAAAGCCAAGUAAUCAUGAAACUAUUGACAUUCACUCACAUUGUACAUUUUAUCAAUUUCACAUGUUUUAAAUUGUAAUCUUGUAAAAUAAAUCA